CUCUAUCGAUCGCUUGACUUGCUAGAAACAGCAGCCAAAUCUCCAACAAAUGUUACCGUUUUGUCUCAGGAAAAAAAAAGUCGGGAAGGACACAUUGGAGAAUACAGUUUUAGUCAUAUUUUUCAAAUUAGGCAGUUUGGUCAUGGUUGGAAUGCUUUUCAUCAUGUCUGUUCAAGCAAGACUGACCUGGGGUUAAAUAACAACUACUACUACUACACGACUGUUACUACUAUUGCCACUACUAUUCUAUCAUUACUGCUGCAGUUACUUACGAGUAAAUAAUGCAACUAUUUACUACUGCUACUACUGCUGCUGCUGCUACUGCAGUUAUUUAAACCAGUAAUAGCAAGUACUAAUACAGUACCAACAAAGAGGCAACUUCUACGCGUUCGGUGGACUAGUUCGAAAUAGCAGUCAAACCCCCCACCUCGAAAUCACUCACUGAUGUCUAAACGGAAAAAAGAAAUAGAAAAGCAAGGACAUAUUGGACGAUAUAAUCUUCGUUAUUACGAAAAAACGGGUGAAGCUUUGCUGACACCUCGACCAGGGCUGACCUGGGGUGGGUUAAACAACAAUCGCUAUUAUUAUUACUACUGCGACGGCUGCUAUUAAUACAUCGGCGUAUAAGAGAUCUUACUUCAGAAGCGACUGCGACAACAGAACGACUCUACCACAUAGCUUUACCGUACUAUAACUCCUACUAUAGCAGCCACUACUACUGCUACUAUUACAGGAACUACUAUUUGACAGCACUAUUUUACCGAAACAGUAAAUUGUUUUGCUUGUGAAUAUUUCCUUGGCUUGAUACAUUUCGACAUUCACACUCAUAUACAUUCGUAUUGCACACAUUCAUACGUUGAUGUACGACCCGAUCACAAACCUCCCUUAUUUACUGUACUCUUUUGUUUACAUUACUCAGACCAAAAAAAGAAAAAGAAGUGAAAAAACAGCCAAAUAAAAUAACAUCUCAUAGACAUACACAUACUUGCGCACUAUUGUAAACGCAUACAUGCUGACAGUUCCGCAGACACACAGCUGUCUAUAAAUACUCGCUCGCACCUGAAUGUCGUGUGUCGCCGUCAGCCUGUUUGGAAUAUAUUCCGCUCGUGUUGAUUAAGUAAAUAAGUGCUGAGUACUUGGCUUUUUUUUUUUUAAUGGGGAAGCGGACUGGACUAAAAACCUACAUAAGUAAGGCUUCGUUUCUUUUUCACUGAUCUUUGUCACAUGGAAUUAUACCGUCACAUGUAUUAAGUAAUUUAUUUGAAAACUACCACAAAAAAAAAAGCCCAUCCCAGCCGGGCGACGCGGAAGAUAAAAAGAAGCUGCACACACACACACAAAAAGUAAAAAAACAAACAAACAAAAAAGAGCAUAAAGCUAAGAAGGAUACAAAACGAAAACAAUACCGAUAAUAGCAAUAUUAAUUGCCAAAGUGGACAUAAUUGAUGCAUCAGAAAUCGGAAGAAAUUAAUCGACGACGAAGAGUAAAGGACAGCAACAAUAAAAUAACUAUUUAUUAUAUUCACAACACUUACAGCUACUACUACAUGCUAAUCGGGUGGGUUUAAUCUGUUUCACAGACUAUACGUAUACAUACACAUUGUUUAUUUAGGAUUGUGUAUUUAUCUGUAAUUGGUUAUAUAUAUAUAUAGAUAUAUAUACAUAUAUAUAUAUACAUAUAUAUGUGUAAUUUGUCAUUUCUUUACUAAUUAUCUUUAUAAUUAUAUUGCUGAUUCCCCCUUAAUUGCAAAACGCACCAUUGCACAAGGUACGUAACUCUUGUCAUAAAUAAUUCUCCCUUUUAUUUACCACUUCUUUCUUUCCCUCUCUCUCUCGCUUUCUCUAUCUUUUUCUCUCACAUAUUUUCACAGACACUCUUCUACUUUAGUUAUUACUUUUCAAACCGAAACCGGUGAUCGAAGAAUAUUCCUUCCCCCGCCCCUCAGACUGAAUGUUACGUCUUUGUACAAGUUAAAUUGUGCUAAUUCACUUUUGGCAACUUGUAUUCAUAUGUAAUUGCAAUUGUCACAGAACUGUCACGCACUUCUUGCAAAAAAAAAAAAACAAAACAAAAAAAAAAAGCAUUCUACGGAAGGAAAAAAUAACUAAACAAAACAAACGGAAACCAACACGAUACCACUCAACAUUUAUAUCUACUUAACUAGUUCCACUGUUAUAAUUUAAUUCUACUACUAGUGGUAGAGUUUCCAUUGUUGUUGUUGUUCUGUGCACGCAUGUGUGCAUAUAUGUAUGUCUGUGCGUGUACCAGCAGCGCGUGUUCCCUCUAUAUGUAUGUAGCUUAAUUUCAAAAUGGCGAACUGUGAAGAUAACAGUGGCAGUGGUGGUGCAGCUGAUGAUAGUACCAUUGUUAAUGAUAGCCAAAAUUUGAGUAUUGUCCCUGCUAACGAUGGUAUUAACUCUGCUAAGGACACUCAGUCGGGUUCAGUCGAUGCCCAUUAUGAUGCAAGCCAUGCACCUGAAUCUGUUGACGUCGAUAUUAGUUCUGCAACCAAAAACCGCUACAAGAAAAAGGUGACUGGGAGGUUAUCGGCUCUUAAAAACUAUAAGGAAACAUGGUUUGACCCUCCCAAAAACCGAUCGCACUUUUUGCACGAGAAAUGCCUUGACAGCUAUUUCCCUUUGUUGACUAGAAGAUUCCGAUGCGCUAUCUGUUUUAUUAUUCUUGGCACAAUACUAUGGAGUAUUUACUGUGGUGUUAGCAUUGAAAAGUUAGAAUGGUAUUUUUCAUUCGUUGUGGUCCUUUUGUUUUUCAUCGAACUUGCUUGUCUAGGAUUCACUUUUACUUUGUUUUAUCGGAAGUUCCAUAUUAUUCCAUCCCUGAUCAUGGGUCCUGGAACAUGCAUUGUUAUUUUGGUUGUCUACGCCUGCCUUCGCGAUCCAAACUACGAGGUGUCAGCAUUUGCCACUUCAGUGACCAUCAUAAUUUUAAUGUACACCACACUACCCCUGCCUCUAACGUUGGUAUUUAUUGUGGGAAUUGUUCAGUCGAUUGCUUUGGAAAUCUUAAAUGUUUUUGUGUCCCCGGCCUCAGCUAUUGAUAAGGUAAUAGUUGGCAGGAUCAUAUUGCAUAUAUGUCUACAUUCACUCGGUGUUUACCUGUUCAUUAUUUUUCAAGUUAGACGAUACAGUCUUUUCCAAAAAUUGCAACAAGCUACCCGAAACAACCGUAUCCAAGAAGAAGACAAAAAAAUCAUAGAACGUAUGCUGCAUUCACUCAUGCCACCGGCUGUCGCGAAAAAUGUAAUUGACAAGCAGGCUCCUUCUGGUCAGGGAGUUAUAACUUUCCGACCCUUUCAAAUAGACAAAAUAGACCAUGUUAGUAUCCUGUUCGCUGAUAUUGUCGGUUUUACUAAGAUGAGUUCCAACAAAACCGCCAAACACUUAGUGGAUCUGUUGAGUGAUUUAUUCGGUCGUUUUGACAAACUUUGUGAAGCUUUAGGAUGUGAAAAGAUAAGUACGUUAGGCGACUGUUAUUAUUGUGUAUCUGGAUGCCCUGAAGCUAACAAAGAUCAUGCCAAGUGCUGUGUGGAAAUGGGUCUACGUAUGAUUGAAGCAAUACAAGAAUUCGACAAAGAAAACAACGAACAAGUUAAUAUGAGGGUCGGUGUCCACACUGGGACAGUACUUUGUGGAAUUGUAGGAUCAAAACAAUUUAAAUUCGAUGUAUGGUCAAAUGACGUGACUUUGGCAAAUAUCAUGGAGGCAACCGGAAAGCCUGGACGUGUUCAUAUUUCUAAAACCUCUUAUGAGUACCUUGAAGAUGAGUAUGAAGUUGAAGAAGGGGAAGAUUGUGAAGACAAUCGGACCGUGGCUAGCUUGAUUGAACAAUAUGAUGCAGAGAAUAAAAAGUACACAGUCACCCACCAGGAAAAGAAACAAAAAAUCACAACAUUCUUUAUUGUGAAGAGAAAAGAGAAGAACAAACCAAAAGAAGUGGAAUCAAGUGAAGAUCCUACUCAGUUAGCAAUAGAGAAUGAAGAUAAGUCUGGCAAAGAACCGUCUGAAACAGAUAAACUGGAGAAUAAAAACUUAAAAGAGGAACCUGACAAAAGUAAUUCUGCUACAGCGGUAAGAUUUAUAUGUUAUUCUUGCUGUCAGCAUUCCUUUUUAUUUAUUUAUAUUUUUUUUUGGCUUGACUUUGUUUUUGUUUAUUUUUUUUUUUGUCUUUUAAUUAGGUCUGGUUCUUAUUGUUAUUGAUUUCCAUAUUGUUUU